GACAAAAUAACUGUUAAAAUAAUGUCUUACGCGUGCAAGAUGGCAGAUAUCACAGAGGAAGGAGUUUCAUUGGUGGAAGAUAUACACAAACGAAGGCAACCUUUGCCCUCCAUGGAUGCCAUAUAUUUCAUCCAACCAACCAAAGAAAAGUGCGCGUGUUCACUUUUUUUUAUCAUCUGACUUUGGUUUUGGCAUCACCCUGAUAGUUACCGGACUCAGAGCAUCCUUAAAUGAAUGUUAUUCAUCAUAUAUCAAUUAUCCUUUUUCAUCUUCUGCUUCUAACUAUUAUCCAUGCUACUGAGUGACAAUGAAUUAACAUGUAGAUUUAUAACAUUUUGUAGCUUUGUAGUGCAUGAUUUUGUUAGCAGCAAUUAUAGAAUUGCUGAUCUAAAAGCAGGCCGUUUGAUGCCACUGUGGCAUGUGGUGCUCGUCUUUCUAUCGAUGGUCAUCCUUCAGUAUAUUUCGGAGAAAUCUACCAAUUUCUUCCAUUUUGUCUUGCCUUAGAUCAUAAUGCAUUUGUGCUGCCUUCAGUUAGGAUAGCAAGUAUGAAAGUUACGGUUCUGAGCUAGUAGCAUCGUAAUAUCUUGUUUGUUUGAUGAUAGUAUUGAGUUCUAGGUGCAGUAGUUUUAAAAAUAUGGAAGUAGCAGCACUUUGGUUGCCUUCUAAUACCACUAGUCUGAUAUAGUAGUCGCUCAUAUUUGGAAGAUAAAUGUUGGAGUACUAGAUAGUAGAUACCAUUAUCUUUUACCAUAUGAUAAGUGUUGCACAUUAAAGCAGGAAGGGUUAGGUUACUGAACUUAAUCUGGUUUUAUGACUAUGAGUCAUGACUUAUGUGAGAUAUCAUGCUUCCUGCUGGGGUGAAAACGAAAGCAACUAAGAAAAGUCACAUCGUAAAUUGUAGGUGCACCAUGCAAUUUGCUCUAGCUAAAUUGUAAAGAACACCAAAAUCAUCUAGGUGGGCAUUUUGAGUGAGUGCAUAAGAUAUGCAACCUCCUUGCAUUUAAUCACAAUAUGUCCAUAUAGAAAGAGAUUUUUCUCACAGAUUGAGACACUUGAACAAAUUUCUAUUUGAUAUUCUUUUUCAUCAAUCACUGAGAAUGCAAUGAUGCUAGGAGUAUUAUGUAAAUACAAGGUGGUACGGUAGUGUUUAUAACAGUAGGGGCAAGUGCUGACCCUAUUAGGCCCCUUGACAAGGUAAAAAUGCCAAAAUCUUGUGUAUCCUAAACAAGCUUCAGGUCUUCCAUUCUCGGUUUAAACCUGCCAAGAUGUGAUAUUCUUUUGUAUUUUUCUUGUAAUAUGGCCUAUGUACAAAGAGCUGAGAGGUUGCAUUUUCUAAUUUCUACCCACUAAUAUUAUUGUAGUAGGUUCUCUACCUUUUCCAAUAUUUAUUGCCCAAUGCGGUAGUUAUCAGCACUGCAAUGUUGUUUACGCAUGUAAAGAGUUUUUUAGUUUUUACAUAGGCUAUUUGGAGGUUGCCCAAGCUGGAAGAUCAUAACUACAUCCAGAACUUUUUUCAGGAGAGACGCAUGAUAUAGGCAACUUUUAAUUCCUUGCUUGGCCCUUCACAAAUAGCGCUUUUUUUCCUCGUUGAAUUUGGAUAACUAAUGUACUUUUAUGUGGUUUAAAAUGUGUUAGUGCUUGGUGCGAGGCACCCAGAAAUUGCUCUUGAGCACCUCACCUUGUUCGAACUGGGCGGAUGCCUCAAACCUGCUGAGGCACACCUGCAUUUUUCUUCUUCCUUUUUUUUCCUGGUUUUGAAGGGCGAAAAUUGAAUGGGCUUUUCUCUUUCCUCAAUUUGAAGGGGGCUGUUAAAACAGCCUCAAUAAACAAAUUAAAAGUAAAAAAGUAAGUUCCUGAACGCUAAACCUAAAGAAAAUGAGAGAACUGGGACGAAAUCUCUCUAUCGAUGCAUCGUGGACAUUUGAUUAUGGAUAAUAAUUAUUUAACCUUUUAGAUUUUGAAGCAUUAGUAGUCAUGAGCUUAUAUGUUUUACUCCCUCUGUCCACCAAUAAACGUCCCAUUUUACCAUUUUCGUCCGUCCACCAAUAAAAGUCUCAUUUGCUAUUUUACGACUUUUGGUAAUGGACCCCACAUUCCACUAACUUUAUUUCACUCACAUUUCAUUAUAAAACCAAUAUAUAAAAGUAAGACUCACAUUUCAAUAACCCUUUACAUUCACUUUCCACAACAUUUCUUAAAACCCAUGCCCAGUCAAACUUGGCCUUAUAUUGGUGGACGGAGGGAGUAUUGUUUUUCUCAUAUAUUUGCUGUACAUAGUUUUGUUCUAUUAGGCAUAAUUUUCAUGUGUAUCACGAUUUCUGCCUUGGUGUUACGCUUUGGACUGCCUCGAGGCUUAUGCCGCGCGGGUUCGCUGGAAAAUGUCUGGGGACUUAAAACCUUGGUACUUUGGCUAUAUUGAUAGGAAACACUCAAGUGUUUUUAUUAGUUUGCAUUUUGUGGUAAAAUGCUCCGUGAGCUUUGUUACUUUGUAUAUCAAAGCUCUGCAGUUCAAGCCUGGGGAGGGUUGCAUCGUCAUCUUCCUGUCUGAUAUGUCUGGAAAAUCGCCAUUGUACAGAAAGGCAUUUGUCUUCUUCAGUUCACCUGUUUCCCGCGAAUUGGUGGCCCAAAUAAAGAAGGAUGGAAGUGUUUUAUCUCGCAUUGGUGCCUUAAGAGAGAUGAACUUGGAAUAUUUCGCUAUAGACAGCCAGGGUUUCAUCACUGACAAUGAGAGAGCUCUUGAGGAUCUCUUCGGGGAUGAAGAAAACUCUCGCAGAGGUGAUGCAUGUUUGAAUGUGAUGGGGUCACGAAUAGCUACAGUAUUUGCUUCUUUGAGGGAGUUUCCAUAUGUGCGUUACCGUGCUGCUAAAUCCCUCGAUCCUAAUACAAUGACCACUUUUCGUGAUCUAAUUCCGACAAAGCUUGCUGCUUCUGUAUGGAAUAAUCUGAUGAAAUAUAAAGCCAAUCUUCCUAACUUUCCCCAGUUAGAGACAUGCGAGCUGCUAAUCUUAGAUAGAUCAAUAGACCAGAUUGCUCCUAUUAUACAUGAAUGGACAUAUGAUGCCAUGUGCCAUGAUUUACUGAAUAUGGACGGAAAUAAAUACAUCCAUGAGGUUCCAAGCAAGACAGGUGGUCGCCCUGAGAAGAAGGAGGUUCUUUUAGAGGAUCACGACCCUAUCUGGUUAGAGCUCCGACAUACACAUAUAGCUGAUGCAAGUGAGCGGCUGCAUGAGAAAAUGACAAACUUCGUGUCUAAAAAUAAGGCUGCACAAAUUCAUGGUUCAAGAUCUGGUGGUGAAUUGUCUACUCGGGACUUGCAAAAGAUGGUUCAAGCUUUGCCUCAGUAUAGUGAACAAAUUGAAAAGCUCUCCCUCCAUGUUGAUAUUGCAGGAAAAAUUAACAAAAUUAUCAGGGAAUCUGGGCUUAAAGAUGUUGGUCAACUAGAGCAGGAUCUUGUUUUUGGAGAUGCAGGAACCAAGGAUAUUAUUAAUUUUCUUAGAACAAAAGAGGAUGUGUCGCGUGAAUAUAAAUUGCGAUUAUUGAUGAUUUAUGCUGCCGUAUAUCCUGAGAAGUUUGAUGAUGAUAAAAUCUCAAAAUUAAUGGAGAUGGCUAAACUACCACCAGAUGAUGCGACUGCGGUUUAUAAUAUGAGAUUGCUAGAAUCAUCUUCAGAUCCCAAAAAGAGCUCACUUGCACCAUUUUCUCUUAAGUUUGAUGUCCACAAGAAGAAGCAUGCUGCUCGAAAAGACAGAGCUGGUGAAGAAGUGACAUGGCAAUUAUCACGUUUUUACCCGGUUAUAGAGGAGCUUGUAGAAAACCUUAGUAAAGGCAAACUACCUAGGAAUGAUUUUCCCUGUAUGAAUGAACCUAGUCCUACUAUUCAUGGAUCCUCUCAUGCUGUAACAGCAAGGUCAGGUAGCAUGCCAACACCUCAUUCAAAGAGAUCAAGAAGAACAGCUACAUGGGCUCGUCCACGAAACUCUGAUGAUGGGUAUUCAAGUGAUUCAAUUUUAAGGCAUGCUUCUAGUGAUUUCAAGAAGAUGGGUCAGCGGAUUUUUGUGUUUAUUGUAGGUGGGGCAACCCGUUCUGAGUUACGAGCUUGUCACAAAUUAUCAGCAAAGUUGCAGAGAGAAAUUGUUCUAGGAUCAUCCAGUCUCGAUGAUCCCCCGCAAUUUAUCACGAAGCUAAAGUUGGUGAAUGCAAAUGAGUUGUCGUUGGACGAUCUCCAGAUCUAGAUAUUUUAAGCUGACCUGCUUUGCAUUUGUAAUCAUAUAACAAAGUACUAUGAUGCAGCGUUCCACAAUUCUUCUAUUUUACUCUCACCGUGUACAAAAUGGGUCCGUAGCAGUUGUGUUGUACUAAUUUAUUUGUUGAGGCUUUCUGGAAA